AUGGGAAAUUUCCAAAUUAGCUCAGCAACGACUACUCUAACAACAGGUAUUACGUCAACGGGUAGUCCAACCACUACUACCAGCACUGCAGUCACAUCCUUUGCAACGAAGAAGCUCCAUGCAUUGAUCUCAUCAACCCAAAAACAGGGAAAUCUGAUUGCUCAGGCAUGGCACACCUUUGUGGUAAAGGGAAAUACUACAAAGUUAUGCAUGUGCAAUGCCCAAGAACAUGUGGGCGUUGCGAUUCAAAUGGAA